AUGGCUCAAACAGACGCAUGCGGCUACAAAACAAAAUACAGAAAUGCAUGCAAAGGCUUUACCAAAAGCCGAAUGGCUAAAAUUAAUGUUGGUGCUUCACCAAAAGCAACAAGUCAAAUUAAGGUAUUCGCUUCACCAAAAGCAACAACUGAAUUAAGGACAUGCGCGUCACCAAAAGCAACAAA